AUGAUCAUCUAUCCUCUUUAUAUAUUUGUAAACUUCUUUGAACUUCUUUCAGAGGAUUAUGUUUCCAAACUAUCUGUAAACUUCUUUCAGAGGAUCAUCUUUCUUCUUAUAUCUAGGAUCAUCUUUCUUCUUAUAUCUGUAAACUAUUUCAAAGGAUCAUCUAUCCUCAUUAUAUAUUUGUUUGAACUUCUUUCAGAGGAUUAUGUUUUCAAACUAUCUGUAAACUUCUUUCAGAGGAUCAUCUUUCUUCUUAUAUCUAGGAUCAUCUUUCUUCUUAUAUCUGUAAACUAUUUCAAAGGAUCAUCUUUCCUCAUAUACAUUUGUGAACUUCUUUCAGAGGAUUAUGUUUCCAAACUAUCUGUAAACUUCUUUCAGAGGAUCGUCUUUCUUCAUAUAUCUGUACACUAUUUCAAAGGAUCAUCUUUCCUCAUAUAUAUUUGUGAACUUCUUUCAGAGGAUUAUGUUUCCAAACUAUCUGUAAACUUCUUUCAGAGGAUCAUCUUUCUUCUUAUAUCUAGGAUCAUCUUUCUUCUUAUAAACUUCUUUCAGAGGAUCAUCUUUCUUCUUAUAUCUUUCAGAGGAUCAUCUUUCUUCUUAUAUCUAGGAUUAUGUUUCCAAACUAUCUGUAAACUUCUUUCAGAGGAUCAUCUUUCUUCUUAUAUCGAGGAUUAUGUUUCCAAACUAUCUGUAAACUUCUUUCAGAGGAUCGUCUUUCUUCUUAUAUCUGUAAACUAUUUCAUAGGAUCAUCUAUCCUCAUAUAUAUUUGUGAACUUCUUUCAGAGGAUUAUGUUUCCAAACUAUCUCUUCCUUUAUCUGUGUGUUUCUUUAUAGUUGCAGCCACACUUCGACUUUUUCCCUCCAUAUCUGAAGGCUUUCUUUUUGUCCGCUUUCACUGUCUCUCUUCCUCCUCCUCCUCCUCCUCCUCCUCCUCCUCCUUCACAAUAACUCAUUCUUUCUUUCUACUGAAACUUUUUAGUCCCAUUCAACUUCUUAUGAAAAAUUUCCAUCUCUUUUCUUGCUUGAAAUUCUCUACCGCCCGCAUUUUUUUUUUUUUUUGCUUUGUCCUCAUAUUUUGUCUUUUGUCUCAUUCUUUCUCUCCUUAA